AGAAACAGUGCCUCUCUCAGGAUGUUCCCACUGAGUUGUUUUUGUAUUGUGGCUGUAGAAGAAAAUGAAAAGUUGGGGAAAAAGAGCGUUAUUCCCGAUAAAACUUUGGAAGACUAAGGACAUAGUACCUACAGUCUAUAUGUAGAAUGUGUGGGAAGCCUGAUAUGGUUCAAUCAAUGUUGAAGUGAAUGUUGUUGUAAUAACAUGGAGAAGUUGUUGACGUCGGAAUGCGAAGAUGGUAUAAAUCUCGAGUAUGUACGUUCAGUUUUUGUUCAAAUGAACGAAUUACGAAAGGAAGGCUCGUUUUGCGAUGUCGUUAUUGAAUGCGACGAUGGACGAACAUUUGAAGGUCACCGUAUCGUGCUUGCUUCCGCAAGCCCCUAUUUUCGAGCCAUGUUCUCGCAUAAUAUGCAGGAAUCACAUCAGAAACUAAUCAAGAUCCGUGAAAUUGAAUCAAGAGUUAUGGAAGAGUUGCUGAACUUUGCUUACACAGGAAAAGCCAAGCUGGUUGCAAAGGAACACGAUUUUAUUGAGAGUUUAUUACUUGCAUCGAAUAUGCUACAAUUUCAGAAGGUUGAGGAAGCUUGCGUGCAGUUUAUUAAGGAACAUGUGACUGUUAAGAAUCUACACAAGAUAUGGCAACUAGCACAGGACCAUCAGCAGAUUGCUUUAAAUAAAGUUGUAAAUCAUUUUAUCGUCAAGCAUUUUGCAAAAGUUGUUCAAACACCAGCAUUUCUGCACUUCAGUGUGGGUGAAUUAAAAUCAUUUUUCGCUGAUGACAAUCUGAAUGUCAAUUCGGAGGUGCAAGUUUUCGAAUCUCUUGAGAGAUGGAUCAAUCAUGACAAAACUGAAAGACUACAACAUGUAAAAUCUCUUAUCUCGCAAGUCCGAUUACCGCUGCUACCAAAACAUUAUCUCAGGGAAAAUGUCAUGAAACACAACAUCAUUAAACUUGAAGAUUGUAACAGACUUUUCAAGGAUGCAUGUGAAUACCAGGAUUAUCCGGAAAGACGAUGUUUACUGCGUAGCGAGGACAACACACCUCGAAAGAGCACCCAACGUUAUAUCUACGUCAUUGGUGGCUAUGACAGAGUUGAGGAACACUUUCUUAACACUGUUGAUUGUUAUGAUACAGUUGAUGAGGUUUGGUUGAAUGUUGCUCCGAUGACAACAGCUCGUAUUCGACAUGGUGUGACAGUCCUUGAUAGCAUGAUAUACGCUGUAGGGGGGCAAUGUGAUGAUGAUGUUUCAGUUAGGACUGUUGAGAGGUAUGACCCGGUGGCGAACAAGUGGUUUGAUGUCACACCUAUGAGUGAGUGUAAAGGUCAACUGGCGGUGGCUGUAUGUGAUGGUAAAAUCUACUGUAUUGGUGGUACAGAUGACUUGCUGAAGGUCAGUUUGUGCAGUGUUGAGUGUUAUGACCCUGUCACAAAUAUGUGGACAACCCUGACCCCCAUGCCAACAGCCAGAGGUGCUUUGGGGGCUGCGACUCUGAAUGGUAAGAUCUAUGCCGUGGGAGGUGGGGACUUUCAUGUUGCAUUGGAUACUGUAGAGGUGUACGACCCCAAAUUUGAUCAAUGGUCAACAAUGCCUUCCAUGAAUUAUGCAAGAGGAUGUCUUGGUUUGACCUGUGUGAACAACACUCUCUACGUGUUUGGUGGAGCGCACAUGCAUAAUGGCAUGAUGACGUACCUAGAGGAGAGUAUUGAGUGUUUUGAUCCAAAGUUGAACCCACGUUGGUUGGUCGUCUCGGGUACGGAGGUAUCCUGUUGGGGCGUGGGAAUAUGCAACGUCGCCUCGAGGGACGAGGGGGAUCAUGCUGAAGGUCAAUCAGAACUCUUCGUUGUUGGAGGGAUCUACGAGUUCACUGAACGUGAUAAAAUGUUACGGGUGACGGUCACGGAGAGACAGAUAUUCUGUAAACCGUUUCACCAUGCAAAGGACUUGAGCUGUCGUGUUCAUACAGGAGCGGUAGCUUUGCAUUUACCUCCGAGCUCAUGAGGAAGCAACUGUUGUCUCAAAGUGAUUCUGUACGAGUUACUAGCGUAAAGAAGAGGAUAACGAAUGUUUUACGCUCCAUAGAGUAAACUGUAAAGGUUAGUGAAUCCUUGUGUAAAACACUUGGAACCGUAUCGUAUUUACGAGUUGCAUCAACACAACAAAAAAUUAGAUAUCUGCAGCACUUCAGCUUACAAAGGGCUUUAGAUCAUCGCGUUGUUAUAAUAAUUGGGUCAUACUGACUCUUGUCGUGAUAAAGAUGGGACUUUACCGCACAUAAAAUCCCCCGAGAAAUAUUUUGUGCGGAGCCAAAAGAAGAAGAAUGAUAACCAAUCAGACGAAAGUCAGAGAGAUCUCAAUCUCGUGUGAAUUUGUGCUAUUAUCCGUGCCCUGUAUCCUUCCGUUUAAACGCGUCCCGCGUUCCGUGUAAGCUUGUUUUUGUACAUGAGAAGGAUGCGGUCAUAUCUUUAUUUAAACAUUAAACAAAUACUACCUGUCAAUGUUUAGAGUAUAUUGAUUAUUGUACAUAACAAAUAAACGACUUAAUCUUUUGUAGAUGAAGUUAGCAACCUACAUGUAUUAUAACUUUUAUAAAAACUGUCCGCGUACAUAACUACUGGCUGAAACCUUAUCUGCGCGUAUCUGACGCCGGACUACAUUUGGGGGUUGUGAAGAGAUGGCAUUUUAUGAAAAUUUUGCAUAG